UGUACAUGUAUCAGUGAUUUUCAGUUCGCUGUAAUUCCGUUGUGAACACAUCGGUCUUAAUUGAUACUAACACAGUGUGUGUAGAAGUGUAUCCACGCCUGAGGCUGCAUUAUUUGAGAACACAGAGUGUUUCCCAGCACAACUACUUAACUUAAUUUACUUGACUCGCUAAAAUUGGGACAGCCAAACGAAACUAACUCAGUGACGUUAUCAUCUAUUUAUAACAUAUCCUGGACGUGGUUGUCAGGACAACAGACAGGAAAUGGUGUCCAGACCACAGACCAACCAUCUGCUAGAAGUGGGGCAGCCUUCUGGCAACAAAAAGACCAACAGGUUCUCUGGAUGUUUGGGGGAGAAAGCCACGUUGAACACAGCAGACCAGAAGUAAAGAAUGACCUUUGGCAGUACAAAGAGGGCAAGUGGAAGCUAGAACAUAAUGGGAGCACAACUGAUGCUCCACCCCCACGACAUCUGGCAGCGGCGUGUGGAGUGGACAGAGGCUACAUGGUCUUGUUUGGAGGGCUAGGGAAAAGCACAGAUAAUCUUAGCUCCAUAGGUGAUGACGAUAUUCCACUUGGGGACACUUGGGUCUUUUAUUUUGUUGAAAGUAAGUGGUAUACCUUGCACGAUUUUUACUCCAUGAUGGGCUCUCCUGGAAACAUAUCAUUGCUGCCAAGCGCGAGAGGUGAUAUGGCUUCAUGGUGUGUACCUGGUAACAGGUUUACUGUGUUUGGAGGGUUUGGCGACAACAGCACACUGCAUCAUGAUCUGUGGUGGCUGGAUCUGAUGACACUGACCUGGAGUACAUCAAAGCUGUCCAGCUCCUUGCCAAAGAAUGGGGACUUUGUGUCUCUCCUGAACUACCCCAAUGGGAGAUCUGGAGCCAUGACAUGGGUGAAUGAGGGGAAAUAUUACAUGUUUGGUGGAAACACCAGAGCAGACAAUGCUAGAAGAAAACAUCUCCCUCUAGGGUAUGUGAACGACAUGUGGUUGUAUGAUGUGAAAGCAGACAUGUGGAACUAUCUUUCAGGAUCAAGAGACAAAUGCUCAAUCCCUGGAGCAUAUGGGAACUUAGGGACUGCAGAUAAGAAAAACCUACCAGGCUGUCGCAGAAAAUCUUCGGCCUGGGUUGAUAUCCAUGGCAACCUGUGGAUGUUUGGAGGAGAUGGGGUGGACCAAUCCCUAGAGUCCAUUAGUGGACACUCUGAGCUGCUUUCAGAUGUGUGGUUAUUUGAUACUGCGAAAUUGACUUGGACAUGGAAGGGUGGGUCUAACAAGGCUGAUGAGAAAGGUGUGUUUGAUGAACAAGGAAAGAAAUCCAAGGAGGCUCAUCCUGGAUCAAGAUGUGAGUCUGUUGUGUGGAUGGACACUAAGUCAGAUAUGCCCAUAGACAAGUGGUACUUUUAUUUGUUUGGAGGUGUAGGGCAUGAUGCUAAUGGCCAAGAUGGUUAUCUGAAUGAUGUUUGGAGACUUGAUGUGAACUUAGAUCCCUCCGUCCUGAAGAAUGCCCCCUAUCCAGCGCCUAUUUUUACUGUUAUUGUUCUAGCUUUCUCAUUAAUUAUUUUUGUUGUCGUGAUUUUUGCAUUCAGUCGAAAGUUUUUUCUUACAGAAAGAGUUUCAAAACUAAAUAUCAAAUAUUCAAAAAUUGAACAAAUUGAGGAUUAAAGUUCAUUGGGGUUUAAUUUGACUCUUAAAUUUGUGGAAAUAUGUUUGAAUCUUACCGGUAGUUGUUCUGUGUUUGAAUUAAAAAAAUAAUGAAAAAAAAAACAAGAAGAAAAAUAUGAGACCAAUUCAAACAAAUCAAAGCUGCAAGUCAGUUUUCACUCUUAAUUUUUUUAUUUUAAGGAAACCCUGGUAUUAUAAUAAUGAUAUUGUCUAUGGAACAUUUUAGCAUUUUAUUAUUCUUGUGUCAAGACAAUUUUUGUAUUAUUUAAUUAAAUUCUAACAAUAUUUGAAAAAGAUAUUUUGUUAAAAAGUUCAAUCAAAUUAAAAAUCUGCUCAAACUUAUUGUUGCCUGAUUCCAUUAUUUGUUUAUGAUUUGAUUGAAAAUUUGAAAAUCAAAAUAAACAGAAAUUUUCCAGUUUCUAUGCAAAACAUCUCAUGUUAUUCACUUACACUAUAGCUUUGUAAUCACUUAACAUCAUGUGGCACAUAUUUCAUAACUGAUUAUUGUAAUUUUACACAGUUAUUCCCAUUUGGGAUUUAUUCUUAAAGGCUUAGUUUAUUUUUAUUUUUUUUAAAUGUUACAGUUUUAUUGGAAAACAAAGCAAAAACUAGUUGAAAAAAACUACCAGGGGUAUGUGUGGUAUUUGUUUGAAACAUGCAAUAUUACUUUCUCAUUAACACAUGUAUUAAAUAAAAAUAUUCAUGAUAAAACUUAAUCAUGUAUUUUGACAGAGUUAUGCCUCUUUUUAUUCUCAGUUUAAGGUUUGUUAAUACUUACUACAAAACAAGACAAGAUAAUCAUUUACGAGUUUGGAAUUUCAAUAACUGUUGUUCCCAUCCUCAAGAUUUCAACCUCAAGGAAAACAUUAAUCAACAUAAUAUUUAGACGAAUUAAGUCCCCUUUCAAACUUUUUUCAGUUAUAUUGAAAAGUUAAGAUGUUUGUUAAUGAAUGUGAUUACUACAAAUAUGGUAAGUAAACCAUUAUUUAAACAUGAAAGUAUGCAUUUCUGGAUUGUGGACCCAGCUAACAAUAAUUCCGUGUUUUUAUUAUAAAUAUCCAGUACAUUCAUUCAUUUAUUCAUUAUCCAUUUCAUGAUAAAACCAUUCUACUGUUACAGGGAGAUUAUACGAUUUCGUCAAAUAUUUAUGAAUUUAUAUAAAAUGUGUAAAAAACUUUUAUUUAAUGCUUUCCAGUGGUUUAUAGAGAAAUAUCAGUAAAUUAAAACUGAUAAUUUCACUGUUUCAAAUAGUGAAAAUUAUCAGUGAAAAUUAUCGAUAAUUUUCACUGUUUACUGUGAAAAAAUGACGUCAUUAUUUCCGCGAAAUUCUUUAGUUAAACUCUUUAACAAUGUAUAUAAACUGUGAAAAAAAACAUAAAAUAAAAAGAAAAUUUAUUGGAUUUGGUGGAAUGAUUUUAAUUCACGAGUGAUCAUAGAAAAUAUAUAUUUUCACUCGUGGCUGCUCAUCUCGUGAAAAUAUUAUUUUCUAUGAUCACUCGUGAAUUAAAAUCGAUAAUCCACCGAAUCCAACAAAUAUCCUCUAUAUUAUACAUAUAUUUCAAGAUAAAUUAAAAUAAAAGUUAAGAAUCUUAAUUGAACGGUUCAUUUUUUAUUCCUGCAACAAUAUAUACUCGUACGACACAUGGACACUAACUAUGACCCUAAUAUGCUUCGGUUAUUGUAGGAAAAUAUGUACGACAUGUCUUCGUCACAAUCUGCUCAAGGCGGUAAUUUGUCUUAGCUGAAUUUUAUGAAAUUCGUCUUCAAUGUAUAAUUUUUCUUGCCUUUUUUGUGUUAUUGUAACAUAUUUUAUCAAUACAUGUAUAUUACAAUUUAACACUUAUAAAAAUCGUAUACAAAUGUAAUCUCCCUUUAACGGUUUACCACCACUGAAGGCAGUUUAAUCAUUCCGUGUUGUCAGAGUGUUUCUAACCAUUCCUUGAUGUGUAUAAUAAUGUACUUUACUGUUAUAGAAUAGAUUUUGUCACAAUUUUGUAAUUUUUCUUGCGAUCGUGAAUUCAACUGAGAAAACCAUGAACAAUAGUAGAAUUGUAAUUAAUUUCAGAUAUUUGCCUAUUUGCUGCUAGUUGAUUGUUGUGUUUUACAACCUUUUCGCGACAUAUAUGUUAUCUUUUCAUAUUGUACACACUGAUUGAACACUGAAUCAACACUUAUUAUAUUGUGGAUAUUGUUUGUACAGAUUUUUGAAAUAUUCAGUAUUUUUUUAGCAAUUUAAUUUUUUGCAUUGAACAAUUUAAAGAACCCUGACAUGGAAAGACUUUUUGUAAAUGUAUGUGUUUAAUUUUAUUAAAAAUCAUUUGCUCAGUCCUGUUUAUGUUUGUUUUGUAUUUAUAUAAGCUUUAAAAAUGCUGACCACCUUACCACAUUCAAACAGCAAUUAAAUCGAGUUCAAAUGUUAAUCAGUUUUAAAAACUGUAUUAAUGUACAUUGUACUUGUCCUUUUGUGUUUUCAUGUUGUAAUCUUGAUUUGUAUGUAACAAUGUUUAUAUACAGAAAUCAAAAGACAUUUUUGUAUUCAGUUGUUUAAAUUACACAAAACAUAAUCUGA